UUAAAAAAUGCCCUUUUUGUAUAUAUAGUGAUAAAAAUCUCAAUUUAUAAGUAUGAGUCAUCCUGCGUCUGUGACACCACCUGGCUUACACUGCAUAUAUUCAGAACUUAGAAGAAUUUACCCCAAUCAACAUAAUCCAUUGCAAGUUACAGCUUUGGUGAAAUAUUGGUUAAAUGGUCCAGAUCCUUUAGAUUAUGUUAGCAUGUUUGCUAAUGAUGGUGAUCCAAGAAAAGGCAUUCCACCACACUGGCACUACAUCAGCUGUGGACUUUCAGAUUUACAUGGAGAUGGGCGUGUUCACAGUGUGACACGAGAUGAUGGGCCCAGUGGAUAUGGGUUUGAAUUGACUUUUCGUUUGAGGAGAGCACCAGACGAACAUGUACCUCCAACGUGGCCAGCAGAACUCAUGCAAAACCUUGCUAAAUAUGUUUUUCAGUCAGAUGCUGUGUUAUGUGGUGGUGAUCAUGUAUCUUGGCAUGUACCACUUGAUUUACAAAACAGUUUCAUCCAACAAAUGUUAAUCACAGAAGACCCUCAGUUAUCACAGACUAUCACCCCAUUUGGUUUCGUAAACUUUGUACAGAUUGUUGGUGUUUGCACAGAAGAACUCCAAGCUGCUCAACAGUGGAAUGGUCCUGCUGUUUUGAAUUUGUUAAGACAAAUACCAGUUGCUGGUGGGCAAUGGCUGGUAACAGAUGUAAAGCGAAGCAAGAGCAUAUUUCAAAUGAAUACAAAUUUCAGGGAGUUAGUUGAGAUUGGUAUAGAUCAAGAUGGGUCCAAUCUUAGUGGGGUAAGUGCGAAAUGUUGGUGGGGUGAAUGCAGUAAAGAAACUAUCCGAAGCUCUGCAUCAAAAGCUAUUAACUGUCACAGCGACCCCUCAAGUUCAAGCUUGUCUGUGAGAAUUCGAAGUUCUUUAGCCAAUUAUCGUAGUGAAGUAGCAGAGCAUGAGGACAUGAACUCUGCAAGUCGCAUGUCAAAUUACAGCUCCGUCAGUGACCUUCUUCGAGCCAGACCCAUCGUUGAAGGCCUACAGUUGAGAUUCAAUCUUGAAGCGGCUGCAAUGCUUCCUUUGGCUAUCAGAGGGAGGUUAGCUCAUGGAAGACACUUCACAUUUAAAAGCGCGUCUUCAGACAGUGCUAUAACUUUUGUCUCUACCGAUAUCACUGGUACAAGUGUGGAUGAGAAAUAUCCUUACGCUGCUCUCCGGUCAUGGUUACAAGUUUUAAUACCAGAUGAUUUUUUGGAAACUUUAGCACAUGAUUUUGAUGAUCUUCAACAACCUGAUGAGGUGGCGUUACCACGUUUUUAUGUAUGGCCACAGAAGAACUUAAUGAUAACCAUAGUUGAUAAUGCUUCAUAAAAAAAUAGUAAAAAGAAAUGCAAUUGUUAACAAUAUUUUAUUUGGGGGAAAAUAUAGAUAGCAUGAAAUAAUA